AUGGCGGCGGCCAGCUAUGAUCGCGACGCUGCUGUGAAGGUGGCAGAAGAAAACUACAGUCUCCGGAAGAGGCUUGCACGGGUGGAGUGGGAGGAGGAGAAGCAGAGGCGGGCGGCGGAGUAUGAGUCUCGCUUUGAGGGGGCUGUGGACACAAGCGCCAACGAUAGGAUGCGGAGCCGGAACAGCGCGCUCCAGGAUGAAAUUGCAGGACUGGAGAGCCAGCUGAAGGAGCUGCAGAUGAUCAAUGUCACCGACCUGCAGCACGAGUACACUCGUCUAGACAACCGCCGUGCAUAUCUCCUGAACGAAAUUGCCGGCCUCCGACGCAUUCUUGCCAAUCAGAGCAAAGAGGUGAAGCGUGCCACCCGGAGCGUCAACAGUCAACACGAACUCCGCCGCCACAACAACGAGCAGCAUGCUUCACUAAUCGAGGAUAUCCAAAUGUUCAGAAAGAAGAGGGAGUCACUAGCCGAAGAAACCCAACACCUGAUCGCAAAGGAGCGCCAGCUAAUGUCAGAACUGGAGACGCUUCCCACGCCAGGGGAAGAUCAGGAGGUCGUGGCUAGCCGCCUAAGGGAGGAUAACGAGAACAAGGACCACACGAUUGCGCAACUGGAGGCGACCCUAAAAGAGAAGCAGCUGAAGGCAGGCGCCAAACUCGCUGAGGCGAACUCUGCCCUUGACAUUCAGCACCUGCGAGAGGAAUACGUCCGGCUGAACGACCAGCUGAAGCACAGCAAGCAGUAA